GUUCGAAUCAUUAAGAAGCACGCAGCCAUUACAAUACGUUAUAUUCAAACCGAGUACAACGCGAUUUAAGGAACUAGAUUAUUACCGGCUUGAUUUUUUUUUAAAUAUCAGUUUUAUGAAACUCAAUUUGAACUUUAAAGAUAAUACUUUUGGCUAACAGUCGUAUAUGUAAAUAUAGUCAGGCGUUGCGUCGACGUGAGACGCUCCGCAUUCCCAGGCAGUUGACAAACCGGAGACGCGCCAUAACACACAGCCUUCUCCGUCCGUUCAGAGCAUUCAUUUGAACGCUGUGUUUUCGUUAACCAAGAAGAUUCAGAUUUAAGAGACUCGCUUCGAUUUAGAUGGCAAGCUUCCCAGAUUUUGUCAACGAAAAUGAAAUAGGUAAAGCUAAGUUCAUCGGGGAACUCAUACCUCCUGUUGCUCCCUUUGACCAGAAGUCUGGACGGGAGACUUGGACUGUAGCUUUUGCACCUGAUGGUUCUUACUUCGCUUGGUCUCAAGGGCAUCGAAUUGUGAGACUUGUACCAUGGAAAAAAUGCUUAGCCAACUUUUCUGUAAGAAAGGAAGAUCGGUCGAGCGGUGCAGGUCCUCGACGGCUCUCCCGGCAGAACAGUGAAGGCAGUCUGCUGCCAGGUGAGCCCAGAGAGCACACCAUCGACUGUGGUGACAUUGUUUGGGGCCUGGCAUUUGGCUCUUCUGUUCCCGAAAAGCAGAGUCGCUGUGUUAAUAUCGAAUGGCAUCGGUUCAAGUUCGGCCAGGACCAGCUGCUACUGGCCACAGGCCUCAACAACGGGCGCAUUAAAAUCUGGGAUGUCUAUACAGGAAAACUUUUGCUGAACCUGAUGGACCAUACUGACAUUGUGCGAGACCUAACAUUUGCCCCAGAUGGGAGUUUAGUGCUGGUUUCUGCUUCAAGAGACAAGACUCUACGCGUAUGGGACCUCAAAGAUGAUGGUAACAUGGUGAAAGUACUCCGUGGCCAUCAAAACUGGGUCUACUGUAGUGCUUUCUCACCUGAUUCAUCUGUCCUUUGUUCCGUAGGCGCCGGAAAAGCGGUCUUCCUGUGGGACAUGGAUAAGUACACUCUGAUCCGUAAGCUGGAGGGCCAUCAUAACGAUGUGGUGUCCUGCGAGUUCUCUCCUGACGGGGCCUUGCUGGCCACAGCCUCCUACGACACCCGUAUCAUAGUGUGGGACCCUCAUACAGCCACCGUUCUGCUUGAGCUGGGGCAUCUCUUUCCUCCUCCCUCACCCAUAUUUGCAGGAGGAGCAAAUGAUCGAUGGGUUCGUUCCGUUGCCUUUUGUCAUGACGGACGGCACAUUGCUAGCGUCACUGAUGACAGGCUGAUGCGUUUCUGGAGUAUCUGUGAGAAGAGUCCUCAAGCCAUCGCCCCUCUCACUAACGGCCUCUGUUGUGCCUUUUCUACUGACGGAAGUGUCUUAGCUGCUGGGUCUCGUGAUGGCAGCGUGCAUUUCUGGGCUUCUCCCCGCAGCAUUGCAAGCCUCCAGCACCUGUGCCGCCUGACCCUGCGGCGAGUCAUGCCCACCCAACAGGUUUAUACGCUGCCCAUUCCUUUCUCCAUGCAAGACUACCUGGCAUACAAGUCGCUUUAAGUUGGAAUGUAAAACACAGCACUGAAACCAAUGAAUUGUUAGUAUUUUUUUAAGACUUGGUUUUUUUUUCUCUCUCUGCUCAAACCAACCCCCUGAUGAAGGUGAGGUUGGUUCUUUUUGUAUUUAUGUAUUUAUUUUCCCAAUUUCUUUUUUUUUUUACGUUUAGUUUUCCUAGUUGCAAGUGUCUUUCAAUACUUUGUUCAAUAUAUAAGCCCAUAUCAGAUAGUGGCCUUCAGACACAGCCUUAAUAUAUCAGUGGACCACGGUUUGUCCUUUUGAUUCCUUUCUUUUUUUUUUUUUGGUCUGGCACAACUUGUACAGCACCUUAAAGUUGGUAAAUGAUGGGUGAAAGUGGUGCUUUCUCUGGCUCAGUUCGAGGUAUUCCUGGACUGUGUUUAAAGUGAUGUGAUGGGGCAUUGUCUCCUAAAUGUUCUGCAGUGUUUUCUUUUUGCCGUGCUUGCUGUGAGAGGGAUUGAAGGGAAGUCACAAUGUGAAUGUGUGUGUGUAUGCGUGCAUGUGAUGGGCGGAAUAGAGUUGGUUAGUUCAGGGACACAGGCAGUGCCUCUUUAUAGAAAAUCGAUAACCACACGCUUAUGCUGCUUCAGUAACGACCUUU